GUUUUCAGAUGCAGUUGGGCGUCUUCAAGAAAUGGAACCAAGAGAUCUCCAACAAAUUCAGAUGCAUCUGAUAAUUAAGAACAACUGGAGUAAGCAUGACAUGUCUGGGAUGGUACCCAAGGUGUUUACACAGCUGUGCAUAACUGAGAUACUCCAGUAUUUAAAGUAUUAAGGCUAAAAAUCCAUUACCCUUCUUGGGUAACCUUGUUGGGUGGAGUCAUUAUUAUCCUGAACAUGGAAGAGAGAAAAGGUGUCAAUGGUUGGCAUUGAGCCCGGUGGUGAGUCAUGCUCAGCUAUUGGUGGACCAAGAGGUAUAAGAAGUUUGACACGCAGCACCUUCCUUCAGCAUCUCUCUGGAGUCUUUCGAUCCUUCCAUCAAGAAGAACGAGAGUAACAGUCCUCCCACUAUGAUGUCUGAGUGCUAUGCCAGCUGUCCUGCCUCGACGGUCACAAUUCAGCCGCCUCCUUUUGUCCUAAAUAUUCCAGGACCAGCAUUAUACUGCCCUGACCAAGUCUUUGGCAUUGAACAACACAAUCCAUGUGCAGGCUUUGGUGGCGUGGUGGCGAGAGGUGGCGGUGGCAUUGGUAUUGAGGGUACUGUUGGAGGAAGUAUGGGUGCUUUGGGUCCUGGAAGAGGAGGCUGGGGUGGUAGCUGGAGUGAUGGAAGCGGAGUAGGGAGUAGGAUGGGUGGUGGUUUGGGUGCUGGUGGAGUAGGAGGUGGUGGUUUGGGCAUUGGAGGACUUGGAGGACGCAGAGGUAGUGGUCUGGGCUUUGGAGGACUUGGAAGGCCCACAGGUGGACCCACAGGUGGUCAUCUGGGCAUUGGAGGACUUGGAGGACUCACAGGUGGUCACCUGGGCAUUGGAGGACUUGGAGGAUCCACAGGUGGACACCUGGGCAUUGGAGGACCCAGAGGUGGUGGUCUGGGCAUUGGUGGACCAAGGGGUACCACAGCAGGUUUGAGUGGAGGUAGCGGAGUAGGGGGCACUAUGGGUGUUCGCAGAGGCAGUGUUGGGACUGGCAGCAUCGCUGACGGUGAUUUAGGCACUAGGGGAGUUGAGAGCAUCAGACAUGGUAGUUUGAGCCCUGGUGGAAGAAGGGUCACCACAGGAAGUUGGAGUGGAGGUAGCGGAGCAGGGGUUAAUGUGGGGGGUGGGAGAGGGAGUAUCGGAAUGGGAGGCACUAUGGGUGGUGAAGGUGGAGUAGGGAGCAGCACAAGUGGUCGCAGAGGCAGUAUUGGAACAGUGAGUGUCACUGGUGGCGAUUACGGUCUUAGCGGAACAAGGGGCAGUAUGGGAGGUGGCUGGACUAGUGGCCGCCGAAUAAGUGGAAGCCACCGACAUGGUGGUAGCAUUAGGUACCACAGUGGUGGAUAUGGUAAUGGUUAUGGCAGUAGUGGAUGGAGUGGCUUUGGCAGUGGAGCAUACGGUGGUGGUAGCGGACAUGGUGGUGGUUUCAGCAGUGGCAGAUAUGGUAGCUGUGGAUAUGGAGGUGAUUAUGGUGACACAGGAUAUGGUUCUGGAUAUGGAGGUGGCUAUGGCCACACAGGAUAUGGUUCUGGUGGAUAUAGACGGAUAGGAUACUCUGUUGGUGGAGGAUACAGAAGUGGUGGCUUCAGCAGCAGAUCUUAUGGAGGUUCCUAUGGAGGCCCUUCAAACAUCUACUCCCACUACUGAACAUGGAAGAAAUAACUCAGAGGUCCCCAGACAACUGGAGAAGAAAAACAUGAAACUGAAUGCUAUGUUUAGACUGAUGGACUUAAGACAGAACCAUUGUCUUCUAACAACACAAACUCAGGUCUGAAAGUUUCAGUUGACUUCUGCGUCUUCCUGUUCUCUCGUCUGAUGGCACCCCAAAAGAGAGUUAAUUUCCUUUUUGAGUUCUGCUGGUACUUUCUGGACUGGAAGAAGUGGUAGAAGAAGAGGACCUAGCCUGGUGGGAAAAUGGAGAUGUAUUAUUCCUACAGACUCCAAAACUGUGUUUGUCUAGAAUCCAGAAACACUCAAUAUAUAUGUAUUUAUAAGCAACAGGUAUCUGCUACAGCAAGUUAAAACUCAUGUUUCGGCUUAGCUACCCUGAACCUAGCCUGCAGCUAGAAUUGAACCAAUGCUUCGUUAUUUCUUUUGUUCUUCUGAUUAAAUUUCCUUUUGCAUCAUA